UUUAGGAGCAUUUUUUUUUUUUAAUUUAAUCCUGGGGAUUACUGGAAUAUGGCUUCUAAUUUCGAGUCCUCCAUUCACAAGGGCGGUGAUUUCAUCCACGAGUUCGCCUGUUCUCCUUGCGACGAAGAUGGAUUGAACACGGAAGCUCAACAUUUCUGUUCACAGUGCACGAAAUAUUACUGCAAUACCUGCGUCACAAAACAUAAUGGCUUGUACAAGAGACACUCGGUGCUCGGGCGGAAGGACGUAAAGAAAUGGGUGGCGGCCCAAGGGACGGUGGACGCUCUGGAAAGAUGUGAGAGACACCCCGGUAUAGCAUUGGAGCUCGUGUGUGUUGACCAUGACCAGCUGUGCUGUCAUGUGUGCGUCGCCGUCAAUCACAGACCAUGUUCUUCGAUACUGCACAUCACCGAUGUCGCAAAGGGUAUCAGCAAAGAUCCAGAGUUUCAUCAAUUACAACAAAAGGUAGCUGACCUCAGAAAACAGCUAGAAUGUAUGAAAAACGCCAGAAAGAAAAAUGGAGUCUCAUUGAGGAAGACCCGGGUUGCUCUUGUUGACGAAGUAAAAAUAAUCCGUAAAAAAAUUAACGACAUGCUUGACAGGAUGGAGAAAACAACAGUAACUGAACUAGACGGUCUGAUAGCGAAACACGAAAUGUCCAUAAAGAAGGAUAUUGACUUCUGCACACAAAUGCAUGAAGAUCUGGAGAGUUUGAUGGAUGGGUGUGAUAACAAACUGUCCUCAGGCGAAACCGUCUUGUAUGUUGGAUUUAAAAAAUGUGGAGAAAAAAUGAAGGAAGCAAGAGAACAUCUACAGAGAAUGUCAACAGUUGAAUCGUACAAUAUAACAUAUCAGCCAGACAAAGCAAUAGAGAAAAUGUUCUCUCUACAACAUUUUGGAGUCUCGACUGAUUCCGUUCCUUUCGCAGCACAAUUCCAACCAGAACAUGUGUUCCAAGCGCUGGGGUACAAGGAGUACAAUGUGAAGAUGAGUUCAGACAAAGUUAAUUGUGAUAUUUUGGGCGUAUGUGAACUACCUGAUGGAGGGGUUGUUAUCACAGACUGGAACAACUGUAAAGUAAAACUCCUGGACCAGAAGUACAGGGUUGUCGACCAUUGUGAUGUACCCGAGCAUCCAUAUGACGUGUGCCACAUUGGCGGGAAUGAGGUUGCCGUUUGUGUUAACAAACGUGAUCUUAGACGUGAACUCCAUUUCAUUAACAGAACAAAGGGGAAACUUGUGACUACGAGAAAGUUACGUUUCACACAUAACUGUUACAUCGUUGCUCAGUACGGAAACAACCUUUACAUUUCAUCAGAUACCGCUUUAUACGUCUACACGAUGACGGGAAAGCAGAUAAAGAAGUUGUUCGAGGACAAGUCCGGUGAUGAAAAGUUGGCAAACAUUGCAAUCAGUAACGACGGGAAGAUUAUCUACAUCACAAACUACUCGAACAAUCAACUUAUCACCCUGGACAACCUCGGCAACAAGCUGGCCACAUUCACUGAUCCUGAAUUAAGGGGACCUAACGCAGUACAAGUGACGCCAGCUGGACACAUUCUUGUCUGCUGCUCGGACUCAAACACAGUGCUGCAGGUUGACAAUGACAGAAAGAAAGAGAGAAAGGUUACCACACUGGCCUGGGAAGAAUGCGGAGUGUACUUACCGAGAUCUCUUCUCUUCAGCAGCCGUACUUCCUCUAUGAUUGUCGGUGGAAAGACAGACUUGCUUCUUAUUAUCAAGCUGCAAUGAAACAGAUUAACAUAUGUUACAUCUUAUUCUGCAGUGUGAUUAACAUAAACUUAAGUCGUAUAAACAAUCAAUGUUCAAUAAAUAAUCAAAAAGCCGAUUAUUCGAAGGGCUGAGAUACAGUAAAUAAUUUUCUUUACUUUCAAAAGUUUUCUAAUUUUUUUUAUUUAAGGUACCGUUGAAUAAACGACAUUUUAAACAUUUAGUAUCAUUUUGAAAGACGGUAUUAUAAAGAAUUCAUGUAAUGUAUUUAACCGCUUCUUUAAACUAAAUUGAAAGCUGCUAUGACUGAACUAUGACUGAAGGACAGUCUGUAGGACGUAAAGUUGGCAAUAUUGGUCAGGAAAACAUGCGGAAUGUUUAAUUCCAAGACUUCGUUCUUAAGCAUCAGUACAUCUUCUCUUGUUUUCGACGAAUGUAAGGACACGCUUGCCAUGAACUAGAUUUAAACCCGAAACUUCCCGCAUUUAAAAUUAAAAAAGGUCUGAACCUCUUUUAUGAUCUAUGUCAUAUACCAAGAGGAGCCACUGAAAAAGACAUGUUGGGCCUCGUUCUGAUUGCCAAUAAAAUUCAUCAUAGUCCAAGGUUCUGAAAAUUACUGUUUACAAAUAUACUUAGCAUAGCGUGCUCGUCAAGCAGUCAAACAAAGCACGAUUACAGCCACUUUGCACCGAAGAGAAUUUAUUGCCCCAACGACAACUUGGGACAAUCCGUUACAUCUCUUCUAUCGGUUUCGUUUCGGUUUUACGGUGUUAUAGAGCCCCAUGGUAAAUGAAAACCAAACACAAUCUAUAUUAACAGGGUACUUUCCUUUUAUGUUUUUGUUGGACACCGCUCGUAUUAUAAUACAACAGUUCUUCUUUAUAAUGAAUUGCAAUAAAACUAGCUCAAGUUAAGUUUGCACAUUUCACUUUUAAAUCGCUUAUUUGC